AUGGUCCCGCCGAGGGUUGCCGGGGAGGUGCAUGAAGAGCGGAAUGGGGACCGGGUGUUGCGGCGCUUCACCUGGGAGGAGAUCGGGCAGCGGAACGGCCGGGGCUCGGCGCCGCAGGAGCGGUGGCUGGUGAUCGAGAGGAAGGUGUACGACAUCAGUCAUUUCUAUAGGAGGCACCCGGGGGGAUCCCGGCUCAUCUGCAGCCACGCCGGGCAGGACGCCACGGAUGCCUUUGUAGCAUUCCAUGUUGACAAGGUGCUGGUGAACAAGUACUUGAAGCCACUGCAGAUUGGGGAGCUGGCACCAGAUCAACCCAGUGUUGAGCCCACUAAAAAUAAAAUGCUGGUGAAAGACUUCCGUGAAUUGCGUGCUACUGUUGAGAAAAUGGGACUUCUGAAGCCAAAUCAACUCUUCUUCCUCCUGCUCCUCGCUCACAUCCUUCUGUUGGAUACGGCUGCUUGGCUCAUUCUUCUCUACUUUGGGACAUCCUUAAUGCCCUUUACUGUCUCCCUGGUGGUGCUGACCAUUUCCCAGGUCCAAGCCUCAUGGUUACAACAUGAUUUAGGACAUCUUUCAGUAUUCAGGAAGACCAAGUGGAACCACUUGCUGCAUAAGUUUGUGAUGUGCCAUUUGAUUGGAGCGUCAGCCAAAUGGUGGACUCUUCUGCACUCCCAGCACCAUGCUAAACCAAACUGCUUCCAGAAAGAUCCCGAUAUUGAUAUGCACCCUUUCUUGUUUACUUUGGGGAAGAAAUUAUCUGUGGAGCUUGGUAUCAAAAAGAAAAAAUACAUGCCAUACAAUCACCAACACAAAUAUUUCUUCAUCACUCUUCCUCCGCUCCUGUUUCCCACCUACUUCCACUACCACACAUUUUAUGUUGCAUACACAAAAAGGUAUUGGGCG